AUGCAGAGGAUGUUGCUUAACGCAUUUGCCAAAUUACGACUUGUUCGUAAGGGUCCCUUGUGGCCGUUGGACAAUAUGCAGAAAAUGUCUCAGAAGGACGCAAAGUCGGUGACUAACCCUUACCAAAGAUCCUGCAAUUGGCAUGCCACUAUUAAUGCACUUUGUAAUAUAUUG